CAGGCGGUGGCGGCGGCGACAGCGGCGGUGGCGGCGUCCCCGGCCGGGCCUCGCGCGCGCCUCUCGCUGUCGGUGGCCGAGCCCCUGCGAAGGGCAAGAUGGAAGAGAUCCUGAGGAAGCUGCAGAAGGAGGCGUCCGGGAGCAAGUACAAAGCCAUCAAGGAGAGCUGCACCUGGGCCCUGGAAACCCUGGGUGGUGUGGAUACCAUUGUCAAGAUCCCUCCACACUUGCUGAGGGAGAAAUGCUUGCUUCCUCUCCAGUUGGCUUUGGAAUCCAAGAAUGUGAAACUGGCCCAACAUGCCUUGGCAGGAAUACAGAAGCUUCUGUCAGAAGAGAGGUUUGUAUCCAUGGAAACAGACUCUGAUGAGAAGCAGCUGCUCAAUCAGAUUCUGAAUGCUGUGAAAGUGACGCCUUCCCUCAAUGAAGACCUGCAGGUGGAAGUGAUGAAGGUUUUGCUCUGCAUAACCUACACCCCGACAUUUGACCUGAAUGGGAGCGCAGUACUGAAGAUUGCCGAGCUGUGUCUAGCAUGCCAUAAAGCUGGACGUCCAGAAAUGCAUGAAAUGGUCAAAAUGUCCAUUACGAAACUCCUCACUGCCCUGUGUCUUCGUGCGUUCCCUGGAGAUCAGGGGCCUGGGGCUUUUCACAAGGUGUGCAUUGAGACUUACAUAUGUAGCUGUCACCAGCGUAGUAUAAACACUGCUGUGCGGGCAACUCUGAGUCAAAUGCUGAGUGACUUGACUUUACAGUUACGACAAAGGCAGGAGAAUACGAUCAUUGAAAACCCGGAUGUCCCACAGGAGUUCAGGAAUCAAGGGUCAACAGUUGAGUCCCUCUGUGAUGACCUUGUCUCUGUGCUCACUGUUCUGUGUGAGAAGCUGCAAGCCGCCAUCAAUGACCAACAGCAGUUGCAGCUCCUAUACUUGGAGUGCGUCCUGUCCGUGCUCAGCAGUUCCUCCUCCUCCAUGCAUCUGCACAGAGGCUUCACAGACCUGAUCUGGAAAAACCUGUGCCCAGCUCUCAUCGUGAUCCUGGGGAAUCCAAUUCAUGAUAAAAGCAUCACCUCUGCUCACAGCAGCAGCACUGGUUCUGGCAUCGAGUCCGACUCUGCAUCUCCAGGAGUUUCUGACCAUGGCCGGGGGUCGGGCUGCUCCUCCACUGCGCCAGCUCUGAGCGGGCCUGUGGCUCGGACCAUUUAUUACAUCGCGGCCGAGCUGGUCCGGCUGGUAGGGUCAGUGGACUCCAUGAAGCCCGUGCUUCAGUCCCUCUACCACCGAGUGCUGCUUUAUCCCCCACCCCAGCACCGGGUGGAAGCCAUCAAAAUCAUGAAGGAGCUUCUCGGAAGCCCACAGCGUCUCUGUGAUUUGGCAGGACCCAGCUCCACUGAAUCAGAAUCUAGAAAAAGAUCAAUUUCAAAAAGAAAGUCUCAUCUGGAUCUUCUCAAACUCAUCAUGGAUGGCAUGACGGAGGCGUGCAUCAAGGGCGGCAUCGAGGCGUGCUACGCCGCCGUGUCCUGCGUCUGCACCCUGCUCGGGGCCUUGGACGAGCUCAGCCAGGGCAGGGGCUUGAGCGAAGGCCAGGUCCAGCUGCUGCUGCUGCGCCUGGAGGAGCUGAAGGACGGCGCCGAGUGGAGCCGGGACUCCGUGGAGAUCAACGAGGCCGACUUCCGCUGGCAGCGGCGCGUCCUGUCCUCGGAGCACACGCCGUGGGAGCCGGGCAGCGAGAGGAGCCCCGACAUCAGCAUCAGCGUGACCACCGACACGGGCCAGACCACGCUGGAGGGCGCGCUGGGCCGGACGACGCCCGACGAGCACCCCGAGCACCCCGAGCACCCCAAGAGCAGCCUCAAGUCGCCGGCCGCGCCCGAGAGCAAGGAGCCGCCGAGCAAGGCGCCGGAGCCCGAGGCCGUGGACCAGCCGGACGUGGUGCAGCGAAGCCACACGGUCGCCUACCCCGACAUAACGAACUUCCUGUCGGUGGACUGCAGGAUGCGGUCCUUCGGCUCCCGCUACAGCGAGAGCAAUUUCAGCGUCGAUGACCAAGACCUUUCGCGGACAGAAUUCGAUUCCUGUGAUCAGUACUCGAUGGCCGCGGAGAAGGACUCGGGGAGGUCGGACGUGUCGGACAUCGGGUCGGACAACGGCUCCCUGGCCGAUGAGGAGCAGACCCCUCGGGACUGCCUGGGCCACCGGUCCCUGCGGACGGCCGCUCUGUCCCUGAAACUGCUCAAGAACCAGGAGGCGGACCAGCACAGCGCCAGGCUGUUCCUGCAGGCCCUGGAGAGCCUCCUGCCCCGCCUGCUGGCCCUGCCCAGCGUGGAGGAGGUGGACGCCGCCCUCCAGAACUUCGCUUCUACCUUCUGCUCAGGCAUGAUGCACUCUCCCGGAUUUGAUGGGAGUGGCAGCCUCAGCUUGCAGAUGCUGAUGAAUGCAGACAGCCUAUACACAGCAGCACACUGUGCUCUACUGCUCAACCUGAAGCUCUCCCACGGCGACUACUACCGAAAGCGCCCCACCCUGGCAUCCGGCAUGAUGAAGGAGUUCAUGAAGCAGGUGCAGACCAGCGGGGUGCUGAUGGUCUUCUCCCAGGCCUGGAUUGAGGAGCUCUACCAUCAGGUGCUUGAGAGAAAUAUGCUGGGAGAGGCUGGCUACUGGGGCAGCCCAGAGGAUAACAGCCUGCCCCUCAUCACCAUGCUGACAGACAUUGAUGGCUUAGAGAGCAGUGCGAUUGGGGGCCAGUUGAUGGCCUCAGCAUCUACCGAGUCUCCUUUCACUCAAGGCAGGAGAAUUGAUGACUCUACAGUGGCAGGUGUGGCAUUUGCUCGCUAUAUUCUGGUGGGUUGCUGGAAGAACCUGAUCGAUACUCUAUCAACCCCCCUGACUGGCCGAAUGGCAGGAAGCUCCAAAGGGUUGGCCUUCAUUCUGGGAGCUGAAGGCAUCAAAGAGCAGAACCAAAAGGAACGUGAUGCCAUCUGCAUGAGCCUCGACGGGCUGCGGAAAGCAGCACGGCUGAGCUGUGCUCUAGGAGUUGCAGCUAACUGUGCCUCAGCCCUUGCCCAGAUGGCGGCUGCCUCCUGUGUCCAGGAAGAAAAAGAGGAAAAGGAAGUCCAAGAACCCAGUGAUGCCAUAGCACAAGUGAAGCUAAAAGUGGAGCAGAAACUGGAGCAGAUCGGGAAGCUACAGGGAGUCUGGCUGCACACCGCCCACGUCCUGUGCAUGGAUGCAAUCCUCAGCGUAGGCCUGGAGAUGGGAAGCCACAACCCGGACUGCUGGCCACACGUGUUCAGGGUCUGUGAAUACGUGGGCACGCUGGAGCACACCCAUUUCAGCGACGGCACCGCUCAGCCCCCUCUGACCAUCAGCCAGCCCCAGAAGGCGUCAGGGGGCUCCGGACUCCUUGGGGACCCAGAAUGUGAGGGCUUGGCCCCGGAGCAGAACCUAGAGCCGGAGAGCUCUCUGAGCACAGCCCCUGUCAUCCAGCCCCUCUCCAUCCAAGAACUGGUCAGAGAAGGCAGCCGAGGCCGGGCCUCCGACUUCCGUGGAGGCAGCCUCAUGACAGGGAGCAGUGCCGCCAAGGCUGUGCUCACGCUGUCCACCCAGGCUGACAGGCUCUUUGAAGAUGCUACAGAUAAGUUGAACCUGAUGGCUUUGGGAGGGUUCCUUUACCAGCUGAAGAAAGCAUCACAGUCCCAGCUCUUCCAUUCUGUUACAGAUACAGUGGAUUACUCUCUGGCAAUGCCAGGAGAAGUUAAGUCCACCCAUGACCGCAAAAGCGCCCUCCACCUAUUCCGCCUUGGGGAUGCCAUGCUGAGGAUCGUGCGGAGCAAGUCGAGGCCACUGUUCCAUGUGAUGCGCUGCUGGAGCCUUGUGGCCCCACACCUGGUGGAGGCUGCCUGCCAUAAGGAAAGGCAUGUGUCUCAGAAGGCCGUUUCCUUCAUCCAUGAUAUACUGACAGAGGUUCUCACUGACUGGAAUGAGCCGCCUCAUUUUCACUUUAAUGAAGCACUUUUCCGACCUUUUGAGCGUAUCAUGCAGCUGGAGUUGUGCGAUGAGGAUGUCCAAGACCAGGUUGUCACAUCCAUUGGUGAGCUAGUCGAAGUGUGUUCCACCCAAAUCCAGUCGGGAUGGAGGCCCUUGUUCAGUGCCCUGGAAACUGUGCACAGUGGGAAUAAGUCUGAGGUGAAGGAGUAUCUGGUUGGUGAUUACUCCAUGGGAAAAGGCCAGGCUCCAGUGUUUGAUGUAUUUGAAGCGUUUCUCAAUACCGACAACAUUCAGGUCUUUGCUAAUGCAGCCACAAGCUACAUCAUGUGCCUUAUGAAGUUUGUCAAAGGACUGGGGGAGGUGGACUGCAAGGAAAUAGGAGACUGUGUCCCGGGACCCGGAGCCACGUCCCCAGACCUGUGCCUCCCCGCCCUGGAUUACCUCAGGCGCUGCUCGCAGUUACUGGCCAAAAUCUACAAAAUGCCCUUGAAGCCAAUAUUCCUUAGUGGGCGACUGGCUAGCUUGCCUCGAAGACUUCAGGAACAGUCGGCCAGCAGUGAGGAUGGAAUUGAGUCGGUCCUGUCUGAUUUUGAUGAUGACACUGGGCUGAUAGAAGUCUGGAUCAUCCUGCUGGAGCAGCUAACAGCGGCUGUGUCCAACUGUCCACGUCAGCACCAACCGCCAACCUUGGAUUUACUCUUUGAGCUGUUGAGAGAUGUUACCAAAACACCUGGACCAGGGUUUGGUAUCUAUGCGGUUGUUCACCUUCUCCUCCCUGUGAUGACCCUUUGGCUCCGACGUAGCCAUAAAGACCAUUCGUACUGGGAUGCAGCUUCUGCUAAUUUCAAGCACGCCAUUGGCCUGUCUUGUGAGCUGGUGGUGGAGCACAUUCAAAGCUUUAUACACUCAGACAUCAGGUAUGAGAGCAUGAUCAACACGAUGCUGAAGGACCUGUUUGAGUUACUGGUAGCGUGUGUGGCCAAGCCCACAGAAACCAUCUCCAGAGUGGGCUGCUCCUGUAUUAGGUACGUCCUUGUCACAGCAGGACCUGUGUUCACUGAAGAAAUGUGGAGGCUUGCCUGCUGUGCCCUGCAGGAUGCGUUCUCAGCCACACUCAAGCCAGUGAAGGAUCUACUGGGCUGCUUCCACAGCGGCACUGAGAGCUUCAGUGGGGAAGGCUGCCAGGUGAGGGUGGCGGCCCCCUCCUCCUCCCCCAGUGCUGAGGCCGAGUACUGGCGCAUUCGAGCCAUGGCUCAGCAGGUGUUUAUGUUGGACACGCAGUGCUCACCCAAGACUCCAAACAACUUCGAUCAUGCUCAGUCUUGUCAGCUCAUUAUUGAGCUGCCUCCUGAUGAGAAGCCAAAUGGACACACCAAGAAAAGCGUGUCUUUCCGGGAGAUUGUGGUGAGCUUGCUGUCUCAUCAAGUGCUCCUGCAGAACCUGUACGAUGUCCUGCUGGAGGAGUUCGUCAAGGGCCCGUCCCCGGGGGAGGACAAGACGGGCGCGGCCCCCGAGGCCAAGCUGGCCGGCUUCCUCCGAUACAUCUCCAUGCAGAACCUGGCCGUCAUCUUCGACCUGCUGCUGGACUCGUACCGGACGGCGCGGGAGUUCGACACGAGCCCCGGGCUGAAGUGCCUGCUGAAGAAGGUGUCCGGCAUCGGGGGCGCCGCCAACCUCUACCGCCAGUCCGCCAUGAGCUUUAACAUUUAUUUCCACGCGCUGGUCUGCGCCGUCCUCACCAACCAGGAGGCCAUCACCGCCGAGCAGGUGAAGAAGGUCCUCUUUGAGGACGACGAGAGGAGCACGGACUCGUCGCAGCAGUGCUCGUCGGAGGACGAGGACAUCUUCGAGGAGACGGCGCAGGUGAGCCCGCCGAGGGGCAGGGAGAAGCGGCGGUGGCGGGCCCGGCUGCCCUCGCUGAGCGUGCAGCCCGUCAGCAACGCCGACUGGGUGUGGCUGGUCAAGCGGCUGCACAAGCUGUGCAUGGAGCUGUGCACCAACUACAUCCAGAUGCACCUGGACCUGGAGAGCAGCGUGGACGAGGCGCCCGUCUUCAAGAGCGACCCGUUCUUCAUCCUGCCCUCCUUCCAGUCCGAGUCCUCCACGCCGUCGACCGGCGGCUUCUCGGGGAAGGACACCCCUUCGGAGGACGACCGGAGCCAGGCCCAGGCCCAGGCCCAGGCCCACGCCCGGGACCACGCGGCCGAGCCCGGGAGCCUGAGGGCGGGCGGCGGCGGCGGCGACGCGCUGCUGCUGCCGCCGCGGCCGCCGAGCCCCAGGGUGGAGAAGAAGGACGCCGGCCGCAGGCGGGAGUGGUGGGAGAGCGCGGGGAACAGGAUCUACACCAUGGCGGCCGACAGGACCAUCUCCAAGCUCAUGACCGAAUACAAAAAGAGGAAGCAGCAGCACAACCUGCCCGCGUUCCCCAAAGAGGGCAAAGUGGAGAAGAAGGGAGAGCCGCUGGGCGCCAGGGGCCAGGACUCCCCGCUGCUGCAGCGUCCCCAGCACUUGGUAGACCAGGGGCAGAUGCGCCAUUCGUUCAGCGCGGGCCCCGAGCUGCUGCGACAGGAGAAGAGGCCCCGCUCGGGCUCCACCGGGAGCUCGCUGAGCGUCUCGGUGCGGGACGCCGAAGCCCAGAUCCAGGCAUGGACCAACAUGGUGCUAACAGUCCUCAACCAGAUUCAGAUCCUUCCGGACCAGACCUUCACGGCCCUCCAGCCCGCCGUGUUCCCGUGCAUCAGCCAGCUGACCUGUCACGUGACCGACAUCAGAGUGCGCCAGGCUGUGAGGGAAUGGCUGGGCCGAGUGGGCCGGGUCUAUGACAUCAUCGUCUAGGAGACUCCCAGUGACCAAGUACAAUAGCGAAGGUCGGAGAGUGCCUGCCAGUCUGACGGGUGGCGUCUUCCCCACCACCAGCCCCACUGAAACCAGUGUCUCGGAGAACAGUUGGCCGCUCCCUCGCUAAUCAGUCCUGGGGCCAUUCUGGACACUCACCUUGUAUCUAGAGGACACAAACGAUACUCUGAUUUUGCACAUUAUUUCAGAAAAGUCUUCAGUCCUUGACACAUUUCUAAAUUUUGAUGUUUAUUUCCCAGUGCUUUUGCCUGCCAUGCUAUUCCCAAAAGAGUCCCUUUUCAAGGACUACUCCUUUGAAAACACUUCACUGGUCCAUUUGAUUUUUUUUUUUUUUUAAUGCAAUUGUUAAGAAAGUAUCCGCUGGUAAGUCAAGCUGAUGUGCAAGCACUCAGGCAUCUAGUAGCAGACGUUCUUCAUCGGAGGAAGAUAUCUAUUAUGGUUAUGGGCUUAGCAGGGAAGACAACAGCUGGAAAAACAUAUUCUUGGGUGUCAUAAUCAAGUAAGGGAUGACUUCCUCUGUAAAAUAUUUCAGAACAUUUCAAAGUUGUCCUAAAUUGUCAAGAUUUUCUGGUUGGUAUUCACCAACUUACUUCUUCUUUUAAGGUACUGUUGUGCCUUUAUUUCCCUAUUUCUAAAGGAAUAAAAUGCUUUCCUGGCAGGGUUUUCAGUCUGUGUCCUGGAAACUUUUGACACACAGCUCCCAGUGAUAGUGGCUGAUACAGAUCUUGCCAAGAGACGUAAGACUGACCUGCCACCCUGGCUUCCCACCAGUCUCUGCUUUUGCUCCCAAGGCAAAACAGGAAAGGGAAAGAAAAAAAAAAUGGUGCCUUAGUUUCUUGUUGCACAGACAUUUUUAUGCUCUAGCUAUCUGAACAUAAGGCAGAACAUUGGGUUUUUAAGAAAACAAAACAUUUAAAUGCAACUCCUUUUGUAUCCACACCCUUGGAGGAAAGGACUCAGUUCUCCAUCCAGUGAGCAGACUUCUCAGGGAACGGGGCAGGAAGUGUGGGGUGGCAGGGAGACAGCUGGAAGGGGUGGGAAAGGAGACUGGGACGAAGUCAUUUUAAACCUUAAAUAUUAUACAACCAUCACGUGAAAUUACAGUGUCAGGCAAACAGGCUCUAGUCUCAAAAGAAAAAAUAACUAAUGGAGAAGGGGACACAAUGAAAUUUAGGAAAUUAAGUUUUUCAAUUUAAAAUAUGUGUUCUCUCUGGCAAGUAAAUUUAUCUUUUGUCUGAGGUCUUUCUAAAUGGCUGUUCUAUAUGGACAUUUCUUUCGGAUAGUACUAGAAAAUUAAUUUGGAAUCCUUAUAUUAUUUACAAUAUACUUCAUAGUUCCUAAAUUAUAAUGAUUGAAACAUCAAGUCUUUGGUAGAGAAGCAAGGAUUUACAACUAACAGCUUUAUUAAGUGCUGUUAUUUGUAAACUUUGUCUUCCUUGAGAAAUAUGUAACUAUCUACAAGGUUAAGAUGAAGACAGGGUUCCCUGAUUUAUUUAGCCAAUAUGAAAGAACCUCAUCAUUCCUUAUACCAUCUAAAGAUCACCACAGAGUCCAGAGACAUAUUUCCAGUUCCAUGACACACUCUUUUUGCCUUCAGGUUUUACUCAUUAGACAAAUAAGUUUAGAAGCAAAUCAACUCCUUGAUCUUAACAAGCAAUGAAUUGUUGGGAUAGUAAUGAGCUGUAUUCUACACUUUUAAAUUGUUAUUUUUUGGAAAUAGAAUUGAAAGUCGGGUACUUUUUUUAUUUUAACAAAAGCUACAAAAAGAAAUAGAGCCACCAAGAUGUACUGCUUUUCUGAGAUUUGGUUCCCCUUUGUGAGCCCAUGGGGACUCCAAAAUUCACUUUAGGGGUGGGAAAUAAGCUUCAUUAGAGAAGAGUAUCAAAUCAGAGUGAUUAUGAAAUGUUUAUAUGUAGCAACCUCUUAUAAAGUAUGAAAAUUUGAGGGAAGCCUGUCUCAGUGUAGAAUGUCAUGUCCUAGAGUAUGUUAAUUGUUUAGAAAUCAGAAUCCAUUCUCCCAUAGAUGCUCUAUUAUGAGAUCCAAGGCUAGUUUAUGAAAAUAAACUGUACGUUCAAGAAUUAAAAAGUGAGAAAACAUACAUAGUUCUUUACCUACCAUUUUUAAGAGGUUUUUGACCCCUUUCCAUCAUCUAUUCUAUAGCCUACCCCACGGCCCACAUUGGUCUCCACCCACCUCUGUCCCCAGCAUACUCUGUGCUUCACAUCCACAUCAGAUUUCAACAAGAAAGUUAGCUAAACCACCAUAAUACCUCCCAGAGGUAUCUGUGAUUGUCAAAAAAGAUAUUGCCUGAUGCAAAUAAUCUCUAACAAACAGAACAUCAGGUCACAAUGAAGUCUGUCAUCUCCAGGGGUGGAGAGGAACCCUUGGUAGACAAGGGUUCCCUUUCCAGACGGCCCAGGUCAGCCUCUCACACUCUCCUGCUGUCUUGGUUUCUGCCUUUUCCGCUCUCUUCCUUCACUCUCGCUCUCCCAAGGUCUCUGAAGGACCAAUGUCAAGACAGCCUUUGUGGUUAAAACAGUUCUUACCAUACAUUUACUGAUCUAAGCAGAAUAAGAUUUUGUACAUUGCUUUCAAUUGCCCAUAUUUACUGCCAAAAGUGUGUUACCCUAAGGUUGAGAUUUAUUUUUUAAUAUUUUGGUAAAGUGCAUCUUGAAAGCAUCUAGAAAAUUCAGUAUUUAGGAAUUCCUGACAGCCAGGUAGACCACACUCAUCAUCAGAUUUCUCCUUGCCCUAAGAGCAUAGGUUUGAUGGAGUUCUAGGAUUUCCCCUAGUUCUUGCCUCUCCUGAUUAGCUUUUAAAAAUGCUUGGGCUGCCUCUUUACACCAUCUUAUUCUCUCUCCCCUUACGAUUAUUUUCUAGCCUUCUCCAUCAAUACAAAACUAGGGCAUUUUCUACCAUCUUUAUGCUAUUUAAUGAUUGACCAAGGCAGAUGUUAACACACAUAACAGCUCAGAUUAAAAUAUUUGCAAUCAAACAUGACAAAAUAUUAACAAAAUUCAAAAGUACCUUUAAAUGGAAGCCUCUUGGUAUGAUACCACCAAGCUUUUAGUUCUUGUUUUAAGAAGAGGCUUAUACAGAGUGAGUGGAGAAAGUCAAAUGGCCUUAACCAUAAGAAGGUAAUGUGAUUGUAUAAUAGAUAUCCCUGACUCUCCCCAAAUACAUCACAAGACUGCUUAGGUAAGACAGUCUUCUUUCUCAGAAAGAAAAUCCAUUUGUGUCCACCCAUCAAACUAAGCAGAAUGAAGACCUUUGUUUGGAGCUGAUAACCACAAGAGGUUAUAAACAGCGGGGAGGCGGUGACAUUUGUCGAGUGCCACUGUGAAUGUAGACCCUUUACCUACAUUAGCAUUUAAUUUUCACAAUGACCUUGUCAAAUAGGCAUAGAUUUCCUCAUUUUUGUUCAGCUGAGGAUACAGACCCAGAAAGGUUAAGAAAUUUGCCUGAGAUAACCAGUAAGUGGCAAAGCUGGUUGUGAGAGAGGUGUUCCUAAGUUCAAAGGCCAUGCUCUACAACAUUGUGCUCUAAAAACACAGGGGAAACACUUUAGUGUUUUAAGGAAUUAAACAGUUAAAAUGAGUGGAAAAUAUCUGAUUGACAUCCCAGAUCUGCUAUGUUAUGGGAAUUUUUCAAAUAAGGUUUAAAAAAAAAAAAAGAAAAAGCUAGUGUUUUUACAUAGAAAGAUCAUAUAUAACAUAAUAUUUUGAGUGUUUGAAAAUAAAAUAAGGUCUGAACUUUAAUCUUCAAGCAGGCCCUCAGAGGUAAUUUACAAAACUUGCCAAAUUAGUUGGAAAUGAUAGAAUAAUAUUGUUCAUGGCCAGCUGUUACGCAGAAAAGCAUGGCAGUCUGUGGCCAGAAUGACAUGCAAAGUUGGUUCAAUUUAAUCACUCAAAAUAAAGUGCCCUGUAGCCAACAGUGCCUCUCUACUUGCUUCCCUGGGAAGUGUACAGUAGUAAAUACGUAAGUCAUCAUCAAAGUUUGGGAAUAUGCAAAAUAAAUUCUAACCAGUUUUCAAAUGCACUCUUUCUGAAGAGGCAGCAACGGGUAAGACAAGAUUGUUUAAAGAUCCGGGUACUGAGGGCAUCAGGUCAAUAUCCAUAGCAACCACGUGCCACAUGCCUAAAUAUUUCUGCAUAUUCUGCGGAGACAGGCAUUAAAAAAGUCCAACACGUUUCAUUAAGUGAAUAACAAAACUUGGAUAUGCAUGGGUACCACUUAGGUGAUCCUAGUGACAUUUAGUGUGGCCUUAAAAAAGCAAGAGACUCUUUUUAAGCACUUUUUAUUGGAAAUAUGAACUUGUUAUUGGGCAAGCUUUAUGAAACUAGUAUAGAACUCAUAAUUAUGCUUCAUCAAGAAAAAUUGUGUUCUCCUUCCUCAUAGUGGAGCAAUCUAGAAAAUUGUCUCUUGUGAGAUCCUCUUCCUCUGCUUAUAAUGUUUGUAUUUGAUGUGGAAGUAACAAAUAGUUUAAUACAAAGUGUUGGACUAGAACACCAUUUAGAUUUCCAAAACACAAUUAUUGCUUCAGGGAAAACAGACCAAAAAAAUUAUCCCCGGGGAUAAUCUAUGAGAAACUCAGUUGGGAAUAAUGCUCAAUUUCCAUAUAAAUGAUGGCACCACUUACUAAUUGAAGAAAACUCGAUGCCACACCACUAGCACCAUACAAAACCUGUCCCCUCUAUCUUUGUACAAUAAUGCAUGAGAGUUCCAGGGAGGAGAGACUGGCUGACCAUCUUCGUGACAAAACCGUAGUCAACUGCGGGUGAAUCCCAUCCACUUAUGGUCCUUCCAGCCUUUCAAUCACCAAGAAUUGUUUGUACUAUUAGUUCCUAUCCUGAAGGUUUAAGUAGUGGUUGUGUGGUAUCUUUUGACUUUGUUCUAAAGUGGUUCUCAAACUUUAGCACACAUGAGAAUCACCUGGAGGGCUUGUUAAAACACAGGUUGUUGGGCCCAUGCCCAGGGUUUCCAAUUCAGUAGGUCUGGAAAUUUGCUUUCCUAACAAGGACCCAGGUGAGGCCAAUGCUGCUGGUCUGGGGACCAUACUCUGAGAACUGCCUUGAAAAAAUUUCCAGCUACUACCUUUAAGAUCAGCCUGACUUAUCAAGCUCUAGAGAAAACAACAAACAACCUGGGGCAGACAACUUGGGAUUGGAUUCUCUACAGCAUUCCUAUUCAACCUUCCCAGUUUCUAGGUUUAUUAUACCAACAAUUCGGUUUUUUACAAGCUCAAAGACAAUGAAUGUAUCAGUUCAAUGGGACAGUGAGAUCUGUGUAAGCUUUUCGUCUUUGUACUUAGAAACACUGGUUCUAUGGAUGAUCAUUUGUAUCAUGUUGACCCUUUGACUUGUACUGAGGUGAUUUUAAAUUUAAAUACACAGUGUUUGAGUUUCUUCUGUCAUACAGUUUUAAUAUUUCCAUCUCAACUCUGUUGCAAUCUUGGCUCCUGGCUUCCAGAGGUUUUUGAGUCAUUGCUUGCUUGCUAGUAGGUUUCUCUCUCUCAUUAGUCACCCAAAUAUCAACAUGUCAAAAUGAUAUUACACUACUUGAUGUACCUUCAUCUUUCAUUUAACUGUCUGGUGUAAAUAUUUUCAUUUCCUGUGUACCUGUAAAGAGUCUACCAAGUGGUUUCAUGGAAAUUUGGAAACUGAAUAACUCCCUUUUAGCAGUACAUGUGCCUGUUUUAAGGACUUUUCAGAAAAUGUGUUUCUGUUCAUAUCUGCACAGUGGAGACCACACUCCUCGUUUUCCAAUUAUGGGAGAAAUGUACACAUGUAUCAAUAUGCUUUGGGAAUACAAUGAAAUCAUGUUAACUCAAGUGUAGGUGGGGCCUUAGUUGAUUUCCUAACAUUUUCUUUGAUUAAUUAGCCUUGGAAAUUCUUUUCUUGCAUUAAAAAAAGGUUCAUGGAAUAGUUCAAGAGAAAAAAAUUAAGAACUUUUAAAUUAUCAUCCAAGUAUAAACUAUAUUAAUUACAGAUACUUCUUAUUGAUUUAAGUUUCUUUAAAACUUUCUGCUUGAAUACUCUAACACUGUUUAAAUUAAUUUAGAUUUUUGUAUGAGAAGAUAAUUACAGUAUUUACUAGAUUUAGUGAGAUCAGAAAGCAUAUCAAAGUGUUAAUGGUACUAAAGAGUAGAGUUCUUGCCUCUGUGGAUGGAAAUAAUUGAAGAGUUUUAUUACACUUUUGUUUUCCAUAAUCCAUUUUAGAAAUUAUGUGUGCUUUUAGCUCUUUUAAUAGUAAUUGAUUUUCAAGUUAAAUUUAAAAUACUAAUCUCUGGGAAUAAUUUUAGUUCCAACUUAUUUUACCAAUUGGUGCCAAAAAAGGGAUGGGGGGAAUCUAAAAUCCAAUCUUUUGAGCUACCACAUAAAAUAUGUUUUCAAGUUAGGGAAUCUCAAGCCCUGACACUACCAGCCACCAGUGGUCAUCCAUGACUACCUCAUGAUCAUGUGCAGGCUACUUUGUAUUCCUCCCUUGGCAGUUCUUUCAUCUGUAUUUUGUUGGAAGUGGUCCUCUGUAAUAAAAAUUGGUUUCCUGCUAAAUAGGCAAAACUGGACAAAGAUUAAUGAUUUUGAUAUUUUUGGUUUCACUUCAAUUGAAACCAUGUGGUAGGAUAUCCAGGUAUGGCAUGAUAGGGGCAGGAGCAGGUGCCUAGAGGGAAAGAGUAAUUUCACUUAUUUUUGUUUGUUGAUUUGUUUUCAGUGGAUGGGUGGGGGUGGGAGGAAGGGAGCUAAGAAUAAGAUGUUUAUUGCCCUAAUCAUGCCAAAAAGUUGUUAUUCAAGAUUAUUUUCCUGCAUUUCUAAGAGAAAUAAAUUACAUUAUAAACAGUUCCCCUACUACCACUUCCCACUCUAAAUAAAGCCAGAAGGUGGUAAGGGUUCUUUUAUCCCUUCUUGUAUUAUGCCAAAGAAUUGACUUGUUUUCAUGCAUAAAAAUUGUAAGUAAAGCGUGGUAUAGCCAUAAUUAUUUGAGUCAGUAUAUCAUUUUACCUAUAAAAUGCAGAAUUCAUCCUUGCAAUCCCAUUCACCAGGAGCCUUGAAGCAUUUUGUUUACUCCAAAGGACUUGUCAAGGAAAUAUAAUUUUAAUUUGCCGCCUUAUUUAAUCAGUUUGCUCACAUUAAUAAUUUUUUUUAAAACCCUGAAACUAUCCUCCUUUAUAUGUUGAUAAACUGUUUGAUAGAAUUUGUCUGUUCAUUGUUUAACAGGUCCCUGUAAGCAAGCUUGCAAGUGUAUUUUGUGUACAUUUUAUCUGAGGUGAAAAUGAAAAUUCUAAAGAGAAAAUAUUUUAAAAGAUUGUAUUUAUGUUGCUUGUGUUGUAGAAUAAAAAUUCAAAUGCAUUAAAAAUA